AGCACAUUGCGCAUGCUCACAGUCCCGGGGUCGGGAGUGUUGUUUUUUCGUUCUGUGUGGAAGCGGGUCGACAGAGGGAUCGGGAUCGGGAGGGGGUCCUCGCCCCCUUGGACUGGGAGCCGGAGACAGAUUAUUCUCUGCGGGGCAACACCAAAAAUUUCCCUUCGAUCUGCGGUGAGAAAUUUAUUGGAAGAAAUAUCCACAACUGGAAGCAAACCACAACUGAAGACGAGGGAGCAGCAACAAGUGAACCAGUCCGAGGAUUGAGAGCAUCAACUGGAGAGGACCCAUCUGACUCGGAGAUUCCAGUGAUUCAGUCAGGAGAAAGUUUGUUUUGUGCAAUUCAGGGCAUCACCAGCAGGUGGAGCUGUCCUGCACCGCGACCAAAGUGUAAACAAGAAGACGACAAUCAACAACCGUCAGUCAGAAUCAGAAUGGCUACAGGUGGGAAAUUGAAUCGGAUACGGAAAGUACUCAAGAGGUUUAUUUCAGGCAACUCAUCGAGGGAAGAUGAUCAGGACAUGGGAAGCAAGAUACUAAAGCGGGGUCAGACUGAGAGCAAUGUCCCAAUGGAAAGCGGUCCAGCCGCAGAGAAGGAGGAGCAAAUUCAGCCCAGAGACAGUGAUGUCAGAGACACCGAUCAGGAAUCUGGAACCAGCACAAGAGAGGUGAUCGCCUGUCAGCUCAGAAGCUCAUUGAUCACGGAAUUGUCCAGGCCCCACCAAGGAGCAGAGCCAGAGUUUACAAUCUCCGACCUCCUGGCAGAGGGGGGCGAGUAUCGACUGUACCAGCUGACAAAGUUCUACAGGGACAGACUCAAACAAGCGAUUGAAGAAAAGGUUGAAAGACUCGGUUGGAUGUUGACAAAGGAGGGACAUUUCAGUAGAGAAGAAAAUGAGGCAAUCACUGAACUGACAGAGAAGGGAAACCGGACAGAGAGUUCCAGACUCUUCCUCAGUUUGGUGAUUGGCAAAGGCUCCCGGGCCCGGAGGGCGAUGUGGGAAUCCUUUCUGAUGUGGAGGACUGAGUUACCGAAGUUGGACAGAAUACUGAGGGAAAUACAGGAACUCGGUCCGGAUCCACAGGAAUACAUGAACAUCGGCCAAGUGUUAUCUGAGUUACCUACUGAACUGCUUGAUGUUCAACAGAAACACAAGGAGACUCUGCGGGCACAAACUGAAACACUGAGAGUGAACACGAUCCUGAUGAGGGAGAAGGUGACGGUUUUCCAGCUGGUUGACCGAUACGCUGAGCUCACGGUCAUUUCUACUGUUCGAGAUCGGAGACUGGUGGAACAUGAGCUGCUGGCAAGAGGCAGAGACCACGAGGAGUGGAGACAGAAACAUCUCCGCAGAGAGCUGGAAAAAAUCCGGACUGAUCAGUUACUCCAGAGCAGCUUUUCCCGGAGUAAAUCUAAAACUGGGAAUUCAGCAGCAGUGGCUGGAAUCCCGGGGAUGGGGAAAACAACAAUGGUACAAAAGAUUGUUUAUGACUGGGCCACGGGGAAAAUAUACGAACAAUUCCAGUUUUUCUUCAGUUUCAAAUUCCGGGAUUUAAACACCAUUAACUGUCGAAUAAACCUGAGGGAACUGAUUCUGGAUCAGUAUCCUUACUUUGGGAAUAUCCUGAGAGAGGUCUGGAAGAACCCAGAGGGAUUGCUGUUUAUAUUCGAUGGUUUGGACGAAUUCAAACACAGAAUCGAUUUUGCUGACAGUCGGAGAGAUACAGAACCCAAGCACCAGUGCCCAGAUCCCGAGUGGUGGUGUGAAGUGUCUGACAUUGUGUACAGUUUAAUCCAGGGCAAGCUGCUCCCAGGGUGUUCAGUGCUGGUGACCACCCGUCCCACUGCGUUACAUUUAUUGGAAAAGGCAGAGAUCAGUGUCUGGGCUGAAAUCCUGGGAUUGUUUGGUGAGGAAAGGAAGGAAUAUUUCAGCAGGCAUUUUGAAGAUCAGACGGUGGCGGCAGCUGUUUUCAAAUAUGUGAAGGAGAACGAGAUCCUGUACACCAUGAGCUACAACCCCUCCUACUGCUGGAGUUCCCAAGACCAUCACCCAACUGUACUCCUACUAUAUUUACAACAUCCUGAAAAACCACGGCCGUGA